AUGGACGCUGUGCCUAGCCCUUACGAAGGAGGCACAAUAUGUAACGAUAUAUUUUCUGAACAACAAUUUACUAAUCUCAUGGCAUCAAUUAACAAUACAACCGAUUGGAUAGGGCUUGAGCAGGAUCAAGCGCUCUUGGCUUCGUGCCAUGGCAUGAGUUUGCCGAGUUCUUUCAAGGCUACACUUAAUCUGGAUGCUUCGUGUGACGACCGAUCGCGACCCGGGACCGAACAUGAGCCCCUAAGUACCGGAAGCGCACUGACAUGGACUGAUCCCGGUCUUAUUCCCUGGCUGUCGCCAACUCUCGCUUCUCCAAGUGAAGAGCUUGCCUUCAGUUACUAUAUUAACGAUGCCUCGACUCGCAUUCCGGCUUUCGAUAGUCCAAAGAAUCCUUACCGGAAGCUUUGUUUAGUCGCCAUAUCGUAUCCUCUGCUUCUUCAGACAAUUCUGUACGUUUCCGCAAUUAGCAUGAAGAACCAUGACAAGGGGGAUGAAGAUGCAAUUACCCAUUGCCGCGCUCAAGCCCUGUUGUUGCUGCAAAAGGCCGCUGCCAUGCUGGAGACCCAGAAGGCCGCUGGAGGCCCAAAAUGGAUGGACCAUGACCAAAUCCUCUCGGUAUUAUCGUUGAGAGAGGUGACCUUGGUAGCUUAUCUUAUGCAUAUCGCUGCGGAGGUCAUGGUGGGCAGUCAAACGGCUGGGGCUUACUUGCAAGAUGCAUACAGCCUGAUGAUCGAGCUCGACUACAUCGAUCAUUUGCCGCAAAGAUUCUACGCGCGAUUCCUCACACAAAGAUUUGCUAUGAUAGAUGUAGUACUCUCAUUCUUACGGCAUCGGAAGCCAUUCGCGCCGAAACAUUUCGUCUUGUGCCAGCCGAUCGAGGGGGUGGAUGAGCAAGAACCAUCUUUCCGCGAAUUAACAGGCUGUCCUCAGGCAGUUCUUUCGUUCCUAGCCAGACUUUCGAUUCUCGCCAAUGAAAUCAGUCGCGACAGUUGCGCACAUAUUGCAGAGGCCUACCAGUUGGAGAGCGAAAUGCGCCUCUGGGGAGCGCUUAGGUAUCCUGGUCCCUUGUCUGGGAAUGCCCCCCUGCUGGAGAUUAUGCCCGGUGAUGGCGCUGGCGCCCGUGACGUUCGCUAG